UUUCUAGGAGACGGCGCUGGCCGGCUGCGCCUGCGCGGUGGGCGCUGCCGGGGGCGAGCUGACGGGCGGUGGCUCUGGCUCGCUGAGAGAGUUCCUGCUGGGUCUGGGUCGCUGUCGCCGCCCAGGUUCUCGCUCUUGAUGGUACAUCUGUAAGGCGGGCUGCCGGCAGACGUCUCCUAGCGAUGGAGCACAUCCGUACGACCAAGGUUGAGCAAGUGAAGUUACUUGACCGAUUCAGUACCAGCAACAAGUCAUUAACAGGAACACUGUAUCUUACGGCCACACAUCUAUUAUUUAUAGAUGCUCAGCAGAAAGAAACCUGGAUAUUGCACCACCAUAUUGCCUCGGUAGAGAAGCUGGCUUUGACGACGUCUGGGUGCCCACUUGUGAUUCAGUGCAAGAACUUCAGGAUCGUGCAUUUCAUUGUUCCCAGAGAAAGAGACUGCCACGAUAUUUACAACUCUCUGCUACAACUGUCAAAACAAGCAAAACAUGAAGACCUCUAUGCAUUCUCUUAUAAUCCCAAGCAAAAUGACUCAGAACGACUACGAGGUUGGCAGCUCAUUGACCUUGCUGAGGAAUAUAAGAGGAUGGGCGUGCCAAAUUCAAACUGGCAGUUGUCUGAUGCGAACCGAGAAUACAAGAUUUGUGAAACUUAUCCCAGAGAACUUUAUGUUCCCCGAAUAGCAAGCAAGCCGAUAAUUGUUGGUAGCUCCAAGUUCCGCAGCAAGGGGAGGUUCCCAGUCCUUUCCUACUACCAUCAAAACAAGGAGGCAGCCAUUUGUCGAUGUAGUCAACCACUGUCAGGAUUCAGCGCCCGGUGCCUGGAGGAUGAACAUUUGUUGCAGGCCAUUAGCAAAGCCAACCCAGCCAAUCGCUAUAUGUAUGUCGUGGAUACCAGGCCCAAACUGAAUGCAAUGGCCAACAGAGCAGCUGGAAAAGGUUAUGAAAAUGAAGACAAUUAUUCUAAUAUUAGAUUUCAAUUUGUUGGAAUUGAAAAUAUUCAUGUCAUGCGGUCCAGCCUUCAGAAAUUAUUGGAAGUCAAUGGUACCAAAGGGCUUUCUGUCAAUGAUUUCUACUCUGGUUUGGAGAGCUCAGGAUGGCUUCGCCAUAUCAAAGCUGUCAUGGACGCUGCAAUCUUCUUAGUCAAAGCAAUAAUGGUUGAAAAUGCAAGUGUGUUGGUACAUUGUUCUGAUGGCUGGGAUAGGACUUCUCAGGUCUGUUCCCUUGGCUCUCUUUUAUUGGAUUCCUACUACAGGACGAUCAAAGGAUUCAUGGUUUUAAUAGAAAAGGAUUGGGUCUCCUUUGGACAUAAAUUUUCAGAGAGGUGUGGCCAUUUGGAUGGUGACCCAAAGGAAGUCUCACCGGUAUUUACUCAGUUCUUGGAAUGUGUGUGGCAUUUGACUGAACAGUUUCCACAAGCCUUUGAAUUCAACGAAGCGUUUCUUCUUCAGAUCCAUGAACAUAUUCAUUCAUGCCAAUUUGGGAAUUUCCUUGGAAAUUGUCAGAAAGAAAGGGAAGAACUCAAGUUAAAGGAGAAGACUUACUCCCUGUGGCCGUUUCUUCUGGAUGACCAAAAAAAGUACUUAAAUCCUCUCUACAAAUCUCAGAAAUUUGCAGUUUUGGAGCCAAAUACAGCAUCAUUCAAUUUUAAGUUUUGGAGAAACAUGUACCACCAGUUUGAUCGAACAUUGCAUCCGAGGCAGUUGGUGUGUAAUAUAAUUAUGAAUAUGAAUGAAGAAAAUAAACAGUUAGAGAAAGAUAUUAAAGACUUGGAAUCUAAAAUUAAGCAGCACAAAAAUGAGCAAAUAGAUGGAGUUCUCACCAAGGAAUUGUUGCAUACAGUUCAUCCUGAGUCACCUGCCCUCAAAACCUCCCUGUGUUUUAAGGAGCAAACUCUGCUACCUGUGACUGAUGCUCUUCGAACUAUAGAGGGCAGCAACCUGGCAGAUAAUCGUUACAGCGACUACACCGAGGAGUUUUCCAAAUCGGAGCCUGCUGUGGUCAGCUUGGAGUACGGCGUGGCAAGGAUGACUUGUUAGACUCAGCGUAUUUCCUGGACUGACCGUAGUACAAGAAGUGGAUUAUUGUGAGGAUGGUCUGUGUGUGUGACCAAAUGGAAUAAUGAUCUUAGAGUGUAGCAGGGGGUUAAUAGUUGAAGAAAGGAUAAGUCAGUUCAAUUGCAUUUCUAGCAAGAAAUAUGACUUUCUCAGUUCUUUAAGAAACAAGUCAUGUUGGCACGUUUACUCAAAACACAAUUUGCAUUGUAUAUUAAUGAACUGACAUUCUGUAUGAUUUAUGUAGUAAUUACAGCCAGACAUGAAGAGCCUUACUUAAGCAUAAUUUAAUUGCCAGAAAACAAAACUUGACAAGGCAGUCCCUUAAUAAUUGACAUGGCAUGUACUUUGGAUUAUGUAACCAUAUAACCGUGAAUAUUUACAGAUUUUGCCUGUUAGUGAUGUUUAAUGUUGAAGUGCCAUGAGAAGUAUUUCUAAGAAAGCCUUAAAAAUCUCAGUUUAUUCUUUACUCUUGAGUUUUCUAGCCCAGAGCAAGAUUGCUUUGGUUUUCUGUGUGUCGGCCUUGUUUUGAUUUGUGGAGAUUGCGGCCUCAGUGCUACAGGCGUGUGUGUGCGCGCAGUGCUCCUGUCUGAACGGGCAGGCGCACACUGUCAAGUUCAUGCCUAGCUGGUCCCACUUCCAUAGUCAGAAUUAGUGAAACUGAAGUCUUUAUUCCAGUUACAAUUUGCUUAGUACUACAUUUGAUGAUUUGCUAUCUACAACUUAGGUUAUUGAUUUUUUGAAUAUGUAUAAGCACAUUUGACUGCCUCUUAUGUGUGGAUUACUGCAUCCUGUCAAUUCUUAUUCAGUGGUUGGCUUUAUUCCUUUGAUAACUAUAUAAGCUGAAAAAGCUAAAGCUCUAAAACUUCUUAGAAACAAUGAAUUGUACCUAUAUUUUUAAACUGUUUAAUCUCUUAACGAGUUACUACUCUUACUGUGAGACUAUCUUACUUUCAGUUUACCCAAACAUUCUUGGGUAAAAACAAAAGGGAAGUACAGAUAGGUUAGAUUUUCCUUGGUUUUAUGAAUCUUAAAGUAGUCAUUUCUAUGUGGAAUAUUAUUUUCUGUUAAUAUAGAAGAAAAACAGGAAAAUGAAGGAUAGCCUAAUACAAAGUUAAUGUUUAACAAACAUGACUUAAUUGCUGGGGAGACUUUCAUUUUGCCUUGUUAUGUUAACUGUUUAUUCUGUGUACUGGUACAUAUCUUUUAAGUUACAAAAAAAAAAAUCACAAUUGAGGGCCUGCUGGGCUGGGGCAACCACAUUCUCACAGGGCCUGGAUGUCUGAGGUCAGGACUGCCGAAGCCAGCUGGCUUCAAAACAAACGUUAAGUGCAUGGGUGGCACGAGGUAUAAUUCAAGGGUACUGGGAAAUCUGCGUAGGAUCCCUCAUGCUUCUCUUUAUUACACAUGUAUUAUUAUUAGUUUUGAACAUAAAUAUCUUUUUCAAGUGAAAGAAAGCUUUGUUGUAUGAGAGCUUAUCUAAUCCUGUUUAUUUUGCCAUUGAUUUUCUGUAAUACAUUAUGUAAUAAGAAAAAUACACCUUUUUAAACAGUAACAGAAAUGCACUGUAUAUAAAAUAUAAUUUGUGAUAUUUGAGCACUGGGACAGGAAACUUAAUCUUUGUGACCACAAAGGGAAAGCUUUUGUGCCUUGUUACGUGGUUCCAGUACUGAUUGUGGUUUUAGAAUCUUUAAAGAGACUUUAAAGUCUCAUUAGAGACUUCUUAUAUUCAGCUCUUUAGUUUAUUAUCUUAAUCUUCAACUUGAGGCACAUAUAUGUGUUUAUAUGCUCGGCGCACAUGGCCUGAGAAAUCAGUUAACAUCCUAAGUGACCUAUAGGGAGUAUGUUGGCAAAAAGCAAAUUGUGUAUAUGUCUUAUGAAAUUGAAUUUACAUUCAGUGUGUUUGGGAAUGUAUAGCAUGUAAAUUAUUUCGUAUAUUAUUUAAAGGUAAUUAAAUGCUCAUGUUUUACUUUGAAUGUUUUUCUUUUGGAAAAAAAACAAAUGGGAUUAA